AUGACGCCCACUUGCAAGGCGCCCAUGAAGCCCUUUCGCAUCCUGGUCUUCAGCAAGACAUCCGGCUACCGUCACGACUCCAUACCGGCCGCCGUCUCGGCCUUAAAGACCCUUGGCGCCCGCACGGGGUCCUUCAACGUUGACGCCAGCGAAGACGCCGAGGCCUCCAUCACCCCGCGCUCCCUUACGCACUACGCCACAGUCGUUUUCCUCCAAUGCACGGGGACCUUCCUGAGCGCCGAUCAAGUCGGCGCGCUGAGGAGCUUCAUGCAGUCCGGUGGCGGGUUCGUCGGCUUGCACGCUGCGGCCGCGGGCCUGCUGGACGACGACUGGUACGGCGGGCUUGUCGGCGCGCACUUCGACCAGCAUCCGCCGCCUGAGGAGGCGACGUGUGUGGUUGAGGACACGGGGCAUUUCAUCAUGGGGUGGGACGGGGACCGCGUAGGGGGCCCGGCGGGGCCGGCCGAUGAGACUCGGAAACGGUGGACUGACGAGUGGUACAACUUCCUCUCCCAUCCCAGGGCGAACAAGAAUCUCCAUAUCCUGGUCCGGGGCGACCCGUCGACAUUUGAGGGCGGCGCCAUGGGGGACGAUCACCCGCUCGCAUGGUGCCAGGAGUUUGACGGUGGGCGGUCGUUCUACACGGCCUUAGGCCACUACGACAACGCCUAUGAGGACGAGUGGUUCAUGGAGCAGAUUUUCAGAGCUAUUGUCUGGACUGCCCGCCGCGAUGAUGACGCGAGUCUGGUGUCACUGUCGUCUUCCGUCUGA